AUGGCCUCUUGGAAGAAGACCAUCACAACGCCCUUCAAAAAAGCUUGCACUUUUUUCAACCAGCAACCGCCAAGGGAUCAAAAGAAGUCGCAAACAGAGCAAGAGAGGCAAGUAAUGGAUCUGCACGGGGAAGUGAUGGCAUGUGGGUAUGAAGAUGUUCAAGUAAUGUGGUCUAUUUUGGAUAAGUCCAAAUCCACAAACAGCAAUAUAACCUCUUCAACCUGA